AGAGCCGGAUUUGCCACCUGGGAGCGGAACCUGAUAGUGGCGCCCUCCUGGAGCGCUCCAUAGUCACUCUGUCCUUCCCUCCUGCUCUCUUCCUGACGUUAGCAGAGGACUGGGACUCGCGAGAGAGGACUCACGGACCUCCAGGACCUAUUAACUUGACAGACCCGCCCCUCUAUUCGAGCCAGCCGAACUCGGAGAACUCAGAGUCAUCCUCGAGAGUAAAGAAAGCUCUUAGAGUUUUUUUUUUUUUUUUUUUUUACAAAUCUAUCUUAAAUGUCAGUCCAAUAUCCACGGGGGCGAGCCACAGCAGGUGAGAAACCUGGAAAUGAGCCUGAAGAGGUGAUGCUGCAGAAUGCCAGCAAACAGAUUGUGCAGAAUGCAAUCCUGCAAGCUGUGCAGCAAGUCUCCCAGGAGAGUCAGCACAGGGAAGAGAGAAUCAGUGACAACCGGGACCACAUCCAACUGGGCGUUGGGGAGUUAACCAAGAAGCAUGAAAAGAAGUAACAUGGUGGACUUGGCUCUUGACAUGUGCUUGGUUUCUAGCCUUCCUCUUAGUAUAGGACGCAUCACCAAAAUGUUGCCAGUAAAGCAAACGGAAGUGUCACCGGCACCUAGCUGUAGAAUGAAUUCGCACUAGCCCCUGGCUGAGAAGCACUGUUUUGAAAAAGUGCAUUAGAUGAUUCUGUUCAUAUUUAUGCAGUGCCUCUGAGACAUAGUGGGGCCAAAUAUGACACUGUAAUUGCAAAAGUAGUUUUGCAGGCCAAUUUAUUUUUAAAGUUAUUUUAUUUGAAAAAAAAGAAUUCUAUGUCUCGUUUAUUUACUUCUGCCUUUUAUGUGUUCCUUCUGUGAAUUUAACAAGCGGUCUUUUUGCUGAAAUACUGAGUACAGUACUGAGUUCUUUAUGAUAUAUUAAAAAGACAUGCUAGAAAGGUGAGGGAAUGGAGUUUUAGUUACCUUCCAAUGUGAAAUUGAAGGCUUUAAGUGGGUUCAGGUCUAAGAUCAAAUUAAGCAAAGGGAAAUUCUGAGGCUGAGUCCCUUGGGAUCAUACCAAGGCAUUUACUAACAUUUAUGUUAUUUUAAGAAAGGGAGGAGUUUAAGCUUCUCAAGAACUCAGUCUUUUAGUCUCAAUUCUCUGAAUGAUUUCAUAAUUUGUGUUUAUGCUCUGCGUAGAAAUCUUUUGGGAAUAUUAUGGAUUUCUUUUCUCAUCUCAAGAUUAAAUAAAAUAAGACAAGUGAGUCUACACAUGUGAGUUGCCAAUGACUCAAUUCCUUACCAGCCUCAUGGAGAAUGGCUAGAAUUGUAGAUUUCUUCAACAGCUGCCUAUCGUUAAGAGACUUACACUUGGGGUUGAUUAUGGGGUGCAACAUCCUUGGAAGGGAUUCUGGGGUCCUUACGAAUGCUGUUUUGCCACCAGGCUAUGCAUUUGCAUUAGGACCUUACUAACUUUUCCCAUCCACACAUUAAAAUUUUUUUUUGAGAUCAUGAAAAUCAUACAGGUCAGGAAUAUAUGAGAAUACAAUGGGGACAGUAAAGUGACAGUGUUUUGAAUGCAGUGACAGAGAUAUGUGUGUGUACAUGUGUAAUAAAGGUAUCUGUGCAGCAGCAGGAUCAAUCCCUGCUCCACUUCUGUGAGGAUAAUGCACAUAUUUCUGGAGUAUCUACAGUCCCAUUUCUUGGGCUUCACAAAAGUUGUUGAAUUGCUGCUAUUGGGGACAGAGGAAGAAUUUGACCUUGGUUAAAAACCUUCUGGUUUCAGAGUAUCAAUAUCUACAUUUGAUUUCUUUUUAAAGCAAAGUAUUCGGGUAUAAAUUGUGACUGAUAUUAAGAUAUACUUCUAAAAUUCCAAUAUGCUACUGUUUCUAGAAUAAAUAGUUGGAUAAUAGAUAAUGAAUGAAAAAUAUCUUACCAGCUUUGUUAUGCUAUCUCCCACAGUGCACAGGUGGAAUAAAUUCACAGGAAACAUGGAAGGAGAAGAAAGCAGAAGGGCUUAAAAUUUAAAGAUUGUUUACUCACAAGUAUUUCUUUUAGCAGAAUUCAUGCCAAGUGAAGAGUGAGUUUAAGUCGACCAAAAGUCGUAUAACUGAUGUGAUAUAAUUGCAUAGCACACAUAGUGAGAAUGAAGGUAUUCAGGGAAAUUAUUCAGGAGUGCCACAAAUAAAAUAAAUAAAUAAAUCUAAUGCUUGUAGUUUGUAAGUGAUCUGGUACUAUGUCUACUCAGAUAUCUGGAUAUGACCAGCCUUUGUUUUUGCUGUCAAGUGACAGAAACAUAUAAACAUACUAUUUUUCCUCUCUGAUGUGUCUGUACUAAAAAAUUGGGAAUUUUUGGAAUAUCUUAUUGACCUCUGUGUCUAAAUGUUAUUUAUAAAUAAAACAUAUACAGCUUUGAAAUAUUUUAA